AUGGAGCAUAUACACAAUGUUUUUGGUCUAGAUACCUUCUUUAUAAUCAACAUCGGCAUCGCACUCGCCGGUCUGGCGACAUGGCUUCGCUCCGUCUGGAACCUGGUCAACCGAUACGCCGACACAUGCAUAGCGACAGUGUACAUUAACGAACAUGACCCUCUUUACAACGAUGUAAUCCAAUGGAUGAACGAUCAUAUCUUCAAAGAUCGCAACUUCUGCUGCGUUCUUGCAGUCACCGAUAAUCAUCAUCGCCCUGGAAAACGUCAGGGCCUGAUCUCAGCCAUCGCAGGCCCAAUGAACCCCGCCGACGCCAGCCCGCCGCAAGUACUCGGGAAAAGCACUUUCGAACUCAAGCCGUUUAACGGUUCCCGUAUAUUCACCUUCAGAGGGAGAUGGGUGCUAUUCAGCCACUCGGCGCCGAGUCGGACAAUCACCACUUUGCAGGAUGGAGCCGAGGAACGCAUACACCUCAAGCUGCAGACACUGAGCCUCUCUCUUGAUCCGCUCCGCGCUCUGAUAGAGGAGGCGAAUGCGUACAGCAAGAAACUCGCCAAGUCGCAGAUUAGCGUCUACCGCGCGAUGUCUAAUGUGCGGGAUCUUGUCCGGUGGAACAGGAUCACUACCAGACCUUCCCGAGCGAUUUCGACCGUGAUCUUGGACAGUUGCAAGAAGAAGGCAGUACUGGACGAUAUGCGCGAGUAUUUACGUGAAGAUACUCGCCAGUGGUACGCAAACCAUGGUAUCCCUUACCGUCGGGGUUAUCUGUUUUCAGGACCGCCAGGAACGGGGAAGACGAGUCUGUCUUCUGCACUUGCCGGCGUUUUUGGACUCGAUAUCUAUGUUCUUAGUCUCCUGGAUCCAAACAUUUCCGAGUCGCAUUUCCUACGUCUGUUCUCUGAGGUCCCGACGCAGUGUGUAGUGCUCCUAGAGGACAUCGACGCAGCCGGCAUGACCCUAAAGAGGGCAAAUGAGGAACCAGUCACAGCAGAUACAACGGCAUCUUUUGACGUUAUGAAGAAGCGGGCGAGACCAGGCGCUCCAGUCCCUACAUCCCCGCCUACACCGAUCUCGCUCUCGGCUCUGUUAAACGCCAUUGAUGGCGUGUCCUCGCAAGAAGGUCGCAUUCUCAUCAUGACGACCAAUGCACCCCAGGAUCUUGAUCCCGCGUUGAUCCGCCCUGGACGCGUCGAUAUGCAUAUCCGUUUCGAGCUACCGUCACGCGUGGAGUUCCGGGAGCUCUUCCGUAGCAUGUUUAGCGAUGCGCCUUCUGGUCCUGACAGCGAGGUGAAGGGCGAGUCGGAUAUAGGCUCGGAUGCACUAAAGCUAGAGGAAACGAAAAAGAAAAAUAUCGAUAUGAUAGACUUGGAUAGACUUGCGCAAGAGUUUGCCGAGGCUUUACCUGAAGGUCGGUUCAGUCUUGCAGAGGUACAGGGCUUCCUCCUGCAAUAUAAGAGGCAGCCAGAAGCGGCUUGCGCCCGUGCUGCGGAGUGGGCAACCGACAAUAAACCACGCCAGUAUCUCCCCUGCCCCCCAGCUGGCCCAGGAGACGUCUAG